AUGGGUAAGAUUUUUGAAAUGGAGGUGCUUCAAGAAGGGCUGUUUUCAUGGACUGCCGUUUACAUGGCCGUGACAUUCCCUGCCCUUUUUAUGGGCUUAAAUUUCAUUUUUGGAGAUUGCUUCCUAAACGAGGUUUUUGCUCGCAAUCAAUACGCUGGCAGUGGCAGUGGAAAGGGAUACCAUUGGCGUCUUGAAAGAAUGCUCAUUGUCUUUGUUUUUGGAUUGUUUGUUUGGCAAUACCACACCUAUAUGUUUCAGGCUCGGAAGGACUACGUGGAAUUUUGCAACCCUCCUGUUUAUCUUUGGCACUACUUUGUUUGGUUAUUAUGGAGAAAAGGGAGCUUCCCAUCUGGUUUGCUUUGGGAUUGCUCGCUGGAUGAUAUCUGCUUCCUUGUCCUAUGGUCCCUCCACCUAAUUCUUUACUUCUAUUCUGUGACGAGUGUUCCUCAGGUGGGGAAAAAGACCUCCAAUAGUUCAUUUUGCCGAAGGUGUAGGGCGUACGUGGAAGGCAUGGAUCAUCACUGCCUCAUUAUUGGCAACUGCGUUGGAUCAAAAAACAGGGGGUUAUUCUUAUGCUUACUAGCCGUCUGUGCUCUGAAUAUGUUUUUUUUGCUUCUCAUGCGCGGUGCUUGGGCAUACGCGGUGGGUGGUGUUUUUAUAUUAUUAGGAUUGUUAUUGGUGAUAUGCGUUACUGUGGUAAGCUCAUGCUUGCUUCUUUUUCAGUUUUGUCUUCUGCGGAAGGAUAAAACCACGCUUUUGUUUUUUAAAGAAGAACGGCAAUUGCAUCAAGGCUUCUGGAGAACUCUUGUUGAUUUGAUACGGUAG